CCCACUUAUCUCUAUAAAAUUAAUUUGGUUGAAAGUUAAGAUGGGCCUUUAGACAUAUAUGUUUAUUGUCAAGAAAGCAUAAUAAUAUGGAAUACAUUACUUGGGCCUACAUUAACUGAAUUUGAGGCGGCAAUUAUGGAAGGCAAAAUGGGAUGACAAUUAAUUGAAAAGGUGUGCUCGAGAAACAGGAAAGAAUAAAAUAUCAAAAGAGAUUAAAAUGGGUCAUGACCAAUAAAGAGAAGAGAGGCAUAAGGGGUACACCUAUUAUUGUUUUCGAAAUCCAAGAUAUACAUAGAGCAAUUGUUAUUGUUUUCGGAAAAGGAGAGUUAGACAGAAGACACUAAUGGGCCGCAAGCCCAUGAGGGAAUUAGUGGACGGCAGAAAGGGAAACAUUGCAGGAACAAAUUUUUGGAGGCCCAUUAUUUGCUAUAGGGGCGGCAGCCCUGAUUGGCUAAGGGGGCGGCAAUCCUUAUUGGUUGAGUGGACGGCAAUUACUUUUAAGGAGGGGACCAUAUAUCAGGUGGACGAAAAAUAUAUUAUAAGGGGAUCAGACGGCAGCAAGACGGAGAGUUCGAUCAACGAAAAUUAUAAUUCUUUUAACGUCUGCGAUCAAUCAAGAAGAGGAAAGAAAAAGGAUUGGUUCGAGGGUUCAAGACACGAUCUAAGAUUUAAUCUCGGGUCGCUAGAUGCUAUGGGGCUUGCACAUGGAGGUGGUCGUUGUGGGAUAUCUGUGAAUACCCCACCUUACUAUCCCUAG